CGUUUCUCCGUUAAAACACGACAUUUAACUCGGCUGUGGCUGUCUAAUCGAGUCUCAGAUGAUCAGCUGACCCCAGAGCUGCAGGUCUACCAGCGAUGGAGGGGUUCUGGGGUGGGGCCGUGCAGCUCCUCCACGUGUGGAUGUUCGUGGUGGUUUUCCUCAUCAUGCUGCCCGCCAUGUUCGGCCUCUCUCUGGGGGUCACCGGGGUCUACAUCCGGGUCCUGGUCCACAUCCUGGAGUGGGCCACGCUACGGAUCCAGAGAGGACGCCAGCAGCAGCCCAGCGUCCCGGUACCACUGCCUAACGGGAUUAUAGAGCGAUCCGAUGUAACCUGCCGUGUUGUGUUUGAGUCCCAGGGAUUAUUGAGCGAUCAGAUGUAACCUGCCGUGUUGUGUUCGUGUCCCAGGGAUUAUAGAGCGAUCAGAUGUAACCUGCC